AUGUAUGUAAAAUCAGAAUAUGUAAAUGAGUUUGUUGACCAUUUAUACAAUUUUUCAAGUGACGAUUCCGUUCUUUUGGUUUCAGAGGGGGUUAGUUUAUAUUUGUUAACUGAUUUAGAUGUUUAUCCAAAGUGGAAUUGCAAAAUAUUACGUGAAAGUCAUCGGAGAAGAAAGAUUCAUGGUCCUUGUGACUAUCCAAGUAUAGAAUCCCAAAUGCAGAGUAAACGUUGGAAUGUGAAGAUGGUUUGCUAUAACGAGUUCUAUAACAUGAACACUUCAGAGGAAGAGAAGAAGAGAAUAAUUGUAAUCUUACAUGUGGAUAAUGUUUUUCAGGAAUUGGAAGACUUUAAGUAUAUGAGAGAACUAGGAGCCUCGUUCUCACACUUUAUGCUCGGCCUAUUAUAUAAGGAUUUUAAUAAGUUGCCUAACGUUGUAGACCUAUUUAUUGUUAAGGAAAACUAUGAUUAUAACUCUAAGGACCCCUACUUCGUCCCUUUUGGCGUUAACUUUGACCCUGAAACCGAAAUUGACUUUCAAUACUUUAAAACUACUUGCUUCGAUAAAAUCCUCCUAGACGACCCUGGAUCAGAAACCAUCGAAUAUAAUACAAAUUAA